GACGGCCGCAAAACCACAGAAGAAGAAGACUGGCGAAGCUAGCACAGCAGCUAACAUGGAGGUGUUUGUUUGUGCUCCGUUUUUGAGUAAAAUUCGUCUUAAUUGUGUCGUUUUCCCACAAGAAUCGUCGGUCAAAGACGUUCUGACGUAUUUUGUGCAGCAGACGGGAGUUCCUUCUGACGAUGUGUUCGUCUGCCGUGGAAACAGAUUAUCCCACCCACAGGACCCACUGCAGCAUGGUGCCACCUAUCAGCUGGUGCCCCGCCUCUGUGGAGGAAAAGGAGGGUUCGGGUCCAUGCUGCGAGCUCUGGGUGCUCAGAUUGAAAAGACGACAAACCGCGAGGCGUGCAGAGAUCUGAGCGGACGACGACUGCGUGACGUCAACCACGAGAAAGAAAUGGCGGCGUGGUUGGAGAAGCAGGAGGAGCGCGAGGCAGAGAAGGAGCAGCGGCGUCGAGAGCGUCUGCAGAGGAAGCUGGCCCAGCCCAAACACGUCUUCAGCGACGCUGAGUACCAGCGACAGUGCAACGAGCUGGACGAGCGCCUUGAGGAGUCCGUGCUCAAAGGACUCCAGGUGAAGAGACGGAACAUGGAGCAGAAGCAGCAGUCGGCCAAAAAGAAGCUGAAGACCAGCUCCUCUCCUGGUUUCUGGUCAGGUGUCGAACAUCUGCUGAGCUCUGAGGAUGAGGACGAGGCACCAUCCACCUCCGGCUGUGGAGCUGCUGUUGCUAUGACAACAGAGGAGGCGGAUCCUGGGCUCUGUGGUGCCGAGGUGCCACAGAGCAGAAGCUGCAGCUCCACAUCAGCUGAACACAGAAAGACCCCAAAGGACCAAAAACCUGAACCAGACCAGACUGGUGAACCUGGCGAAGAAAAAUCUACAGAAGUUUCUGGAGUUGAUUUGUGGAGUUGCACGUCUCAGCAGCAGCGGACUCGUCUGCUGGAUCUGGACUCUGUGACUUCAGUGCAGCAGCUGGAGGACUUUGGUCUGGAUGUCCUGAAGGAGGCGCUGAUGUGCAGAGGGCUGAAAUGUGGAGGGACGCUGGCCGAGCGCGCCGCCCGCCUGUUUUCAGUCAGAGGCCUGAAAGAAGAGCAGAUCGACUGCAAGCUGUUUGCCAAGAAGAAGUGAUGCAGACAGACGGAGUCCAGUGCAGCACCUGAACACAUCACACUGAAUUCUGUUUCAUCAAAUGUGGCAUCCAGAUUUUGUGUGCAUCUCUUCCCGAGAGAUUCAGUUCCACAUCAGAACUUCUUUUUUUGUAUCGUUUAACUUUCUGAUGUGGGGGCGGAGCUUUAAUUUAUUGAACAUUUUAAAUCCGACUUGCGGUGCAGCAACUUCAAAAUUUUUUUUUUUUUUUUCUGAAUUUGAAGGCAUCAUUGUUGGAUGUUUGAAUCACGUGAAAUAAAUUAAUUUUCCCUGUGGAUAACUUUU